AUCUGCGAUUGAGUUGCAAAUAAUUUUAAGUGUACGUAAAAUGUUGUCUUCCGUAGAAUCGAUACCAGAGCAAUCGAUUGCAAGGCUCCUCAAUGGACGUAAACAAACUGAGCGUGAUUUAUAAUCGUAUAGUACGUAGCAAACUCACCGGGUGAACAUGGCUUUGAGUCGAGCCUUGCAUUUUGUUUUCAAAGUGGGUGACAGAAGCAAAACGGCCACCUUUUACCGAGAUGUGCUCGGCAUGAAGAUUUUGCGUCACGAAGAGUUUGAAGAAGGAUGCAAGGCCACUUGUAAUGGCCCUUAUGAUGGAAAAUGGAGCAAGACAAUGGUCGGCUUUGGUCCAGAAGAUGAUCACUUUGCUGCUGAGCUGACCUACAAUUAUGGAGUGGGAGAAUAUCGCCUUGGCAAUGACUUCCUGUCUAGCCAGGCUGUCAGUAAUGCUAAGCGGCUUGGUUGGCCCCUCACUGAGGUUGGAAAGGCCCUCUAUCUGGCUGAGGCUCCAGGAGGUUAUCGCUUCUACCUGGUGGACAAAGAACAGCCUCCAAAUGAUCCUGUACAGAAGGUGUGUCUGGCAGUGUCUGAUCUGCAGAAAUCAACACACUACUGGUCCUCCCUUUUGGGGAUGAAGGUGAUAGAGAGACAUGAGGAGAAGACUGUGCUGAUGGGAUUUGCAGACACUCAGUGUAAACUAGAGCUUCACAACAUUAGUGGGACAGUAGAUCAUGGGACAGCCUUCGGGCGGAUAGCGUUCUCUUGUCCACGUGAGCAGUUGGCAGAUCUUGAAGCCCUGAUGACAAAAGAGAACCAGAAAAUCCUUACUCCCUUGGUUAGCCUGGACACCCCUGGGAAGGCAACAGUAGAAGUGGUCAUUUUGGCUGAUCCAGAUGCCCAUGAGAUCUGCUUUGUGGGAGAUGAGGCAUUCAGACAACUCUCCCAGAUGGACCCCAGUGGAAAUGCGUUGCUGGAUAAGGCUAUGGCUGAAGAUAAAAGCGAUGACUGGUUUGCCAAGCACAACAAGCAGAAGGCUUCAGCAUAAGUGCGAAGAACAUAGCUUAGCCAUCAUGGGUCUUCUGGACAUUUCCAACCUUUUGCCCCAUAUAUGGCAUUACCCUUCCAGCGGCACAAUGUCAGUAGAUUUUACUCAACCAGAAGUAUUAUUUUGAGAUGCUUAGAAUGAGACUGAAAGUGUAGCUGUAUUUGAGUCAUACUGUGGCAGACGCUUGAUGAUCAUAAACCACUUAUAUUAACCUUG